AUCGUUUUUUACUUUUAUUUUUUUAGUUUUAAGAUAUAUAUAUAUAAACAAAAAAAUUAUUUGCAAUAAUGGAGACUUUAAAUCAGGGACAGGGCCGUGUUUCAUAUCCACGAAGGGCUGAUGUUCUCCGGUUGGCUGUUCUUGGUGAUCGGGGUGUUGGCAAGUCAGCUUUCAUCACAUGUGUUGCAUUUGGGUUAUAUGAUCCAUAUUUGAGAUCAACACUUAAAAUGGAUUUUAUGUCCAGAGAGAUUCUUGUGGAACAAGAAAAGGUCGUUGUGCAAUUAUGGGAGAAGGAGAUUUCAUCCUAUCACGCCUUGAUAGUGCUUUAUGACGUGACAUCUCGUUCUUCGUACACCAGUGCGCUCAAAAUCGUUGAAGAAGCACGCAUAAAUCAAGAUGACAGCCUUCCUAUUUUAUUUCUUGGAAACAAAAUGGAUAUUCAUCAAAAAAGACAAGUAAUGGCGUAUGAGGGAGAAGUGGCAGCCAUACAUUAUCAAGUGUUAUUCAGUGAAAUUAGCUGCACAGAAACAGUCAACACUCGACAAAGCAUCACUGAGUUGAUCGAGUCAAUGAUUUCUGGUCGUGUUUUCAUGUCUUAAUAUUUUUUUUAAACUCUGUAAAUUUUUUUAUUUUUAUUUUUCGAUAUUUAUUAUCAUAAAAACUCUUUCUUGCUUCGUUCAUUGCGAAUUUAUAUGUCUUACCGAACUCAGCCAAGCAAUGGUAAAGUGUUUUUAUUUGUGACAUCUCUUCUAUUCUAAACUCGCAGUUGAAAGUUUAGCACUCUUGAUAAAACUAGUAAAGUUUGCACUAUGUUUUAAUAUUUUUAUAUUUGUUAAUAUUUAUUUUUUUAUUUAUUGAUAUUUAUGUAGUUGUUUAUAUAUUUUGUACACCUGCACAUAUAAAUAAUAUCCGUAAAUUUAAUUCUGCCUUUUUUUAAUCCACAGGUUCUACGACACGCACACCCCCUUACCUCGACUCACGUGACUUGCUAAGUAAUCUAUAUGACGUUGAAAAAUGCCGGAAAUAGAGAAUAUAGAACACCCCCUUCAACACUCUCUCCUCCCAGACACACAUAUAUACACAUUAAAGACCUUGUCGCAAUACUUGACUCAUGGAGUGAACUGGAAAUAAAAACUGACAACUUCUUUACGGUUUGUGGUAGCUUUUUUGACCUCUGCUUGGAAUCGAGGCGUAACAUAGAUGGUCAAAAAUUGGGCGGGUUUUCACCGUAACAAUAACACCAUUCAAAGCAGUACUGUCAAAUUAAAGUGAAAAAAUAUUCACGCAU